AUGUUCCCCUAUUCAUACGUCCAAUCUCUCUCUCUCUCUCUCUCUCUCUCUCUCUCUCUCCAGUUGUGUCAAGUACUUAUCUGUGGUUACUGUUUAGUGAUGUUGGAUCUUAAUCUAAGCAUUGUUCACGAAGACUUGGUGACGGAUUUUCGAGGGGAUGUGGAGGAAUCAGCCACUUCAAAUUCAUCGGUAGUGAAUGCAGAAGGUUGUAAUUCCAGUAAUGUCGUUGAGGGCGGCGACGAAGACUCCGUUUCUGCUAUCGGCGAUGAAGACAGCUUCCAUUGCUUCAAUUUUGACAUCUUAAAGGUUGGGGACACUGGUGCUCUGCUCAGCAACAGUAACGAUGAGGAUCGAACAAGUCAGACUCAGGCUCAGACCCGGUCCGAGUUCGUGACUCGGUCACUUUUUCCGAUGAGUCAUGGCGGAGGAAGUUUAAAUCAAGGGCAGCAGGUGAACUCCUUGUUGUUAUUCCCUAAUAAUAACGAAUUGCAAGAGAUGAGAUCGAUACCAGUACAACAACAGAAGCCGACUAUACAACAAAAUCAAGUGGGGAAGAAGAGUAGGAGGGGACCUAGGUCUAGAAGCUCACAAUACAGAGGAGUUACCUUCUAUAGAAGAACUGGUAGAUGGGAAUCGCAUAUCUGGGAUUGCGGGAAACAAGUCUAUUUAGGAGGAUUUGACACUGCUCAUUCUGCAGCUAGAGCCUACGAUCGAGCCGCUAUCAAAUUUAGGGGUGUUGAUGCUGACAUAAAUUUUAAUCUCUGUGAUUAUGAGGAAGACAUGAAUCAGCAGAUCAAGAAUCUUUCCAAAGAAGAAUUCGUGCACUUACUAAGGCGCCAUAGCAAUGGGUUUUCAAGGGGAAACUCAAAGUACCGAGGGGUGACCAUGAACAAAUUUGGAAAAGGGGAGACUUUUUCUGCAUCUCAUUUCGGAAACGAUCACAAUCUGGAUUUAAACUUGGGAAUCUCAACUCCUACGAGUCUUGGAAAGACUUCAACUAGGAAUGGAAACUUAGAUCAUAUGCAGCUGAAUCAUCAUGGCUUACAUGACAUUAGGAGAUUACAGACAGAUAACGGAGCUACAACGACACAUAAAGGUCUACCAGUGAUUUCUGAGCAUCGUCCACCAUGGUCAGCCAUGCAUCCUACCUUCUUACCCAACCACGAGGUUGGAACAGCAAGAAAUAGCGGAAUGAUUAAUGGAGGGUGUUUUCAGGGACCCACCAACUGGGCAUGGCAAUUGCAUGGUCAGAAUCAAAUCCCAACCACAUUUUUGACUGCAGCAUCAUCAGGAUUCCCAGCUCCGGCAGCCACAAACUCUUUGGAUUACUACUACCAGCUAAGGCCGCCGCCAUCCCCGCCACCAGCACCACCACCUACCCCAUAAUUUCCGGUCAUUCUUUUGAUAUUUUGGAUUGUUUCAGUUUCCACAUACAUACACAUCACCAAAUAAAUAUCUAGCUUCUUUCAAUUUUGGAUUGGUUGCUAUGUGUUAGUUGUAUGUUAUGCAGUAAAAGUUGUACAUAAGCUUUUAUUUAAAUAAAGAGGAUGCGAUCAUCCGUUUUGCCA